CAGAUCGCAUCCUUGCACCGUCUGGCUUAGAGCUGAGGCGUCUGCGAACCGAGCGUGGCCCGAGUGGUGUUCUGGCCCGAGGACCAUAGCGCUGUCUAUCCGGAUUCAGGUACGUCUCAAGUCCAAUUCUCCAAGCAGACCCAGCGUCCAGCUCACGGCUGCCACCACGAUGCCCAUUGUACUCUUGACCAGUUUACUUUGAUGCACCGGUGAAGAAGGGGGCUCGAAUUCCCCUUUUAGAAGCGUCUCCAGGACACGGAGGUGGUCGUGGAGGACUAGGUGGCGGAGGAGGGGAAGGAGGCCGGGGUGCAAGCGGCGAAAGUGUUGAACCAGCGGUGUUGGCGAGCAGGACCGAGCAGGGAGAGGCAGGCGUCGGGUGUCUGUCUACGCUGUGAGCGCGCAGAGCCGGCUGGCAGGACCAGCGUGGGAACGCGGCCAGCAGGCUGUGGACCGCGUCCUCAGCACAAUGGUCCGGCUCCUCUUGGUUUUUUUCCCAGCGAUCUUUUUGGAGAUGUCCCUUCUUCCCAGAGGACCCGGCAGGAAAGUGUUGCUGGCGGGAGCCUCGUCUCAGCGCUCGGUGGCCAGAAUGGACGGAGAUGUCAUCAUUGGAGCCCUCUUUUCAGUCCACCACCAGCCUCCGGCCGAGAAGGUGCCUGAGAGGAAGUGUGGAGAGAUCAGGGAGCAGUAUGGCAUCCAGAGAGUGGAAGCCAUGUUCCACACGUUGGAUAAGAUUAACGCGGACCCGGUCCUGCUGCCCAACAUCACUCUGGGCAGUGAGAUCCGGGACUCCUGCUGGCACUCCUCCGUGGCUCUGGAGCAGAGCAUUGAGUUCAUCAGGGACUCUCUGAUUUCCAUUCGAGAUGAAAAGGAUGGGCUCAACCGGUGCCUGCCUGACGGCCAGUCCCUCCCCCUAGGCAGGACUAAGAAGCCUAUUGCCGGUGUGAUCGGCCCGGGCUCCAGCUCCGUAGCCAUUCAAGUGCAGAACCUGCUUCAGCUCUUCGACAUCCCACAGAUUGCAUAUUCUGCCACAAGCAUCGACCUGAGUGACAAAACUUUGUACAAAUACUUCCUGAGGGUUGUCCCUUCUGACACUUUGCAAGCAAGGGCAAUGCUUGACAUAGUCAAACGUUACAAUUGGACCUAUGUCUCUGCAGUCCACACAGAAGGGAAUUAUGGGGAGAGCGGAAUGGAUGCUUUCAAAGAGCUGGCUGCCCAGGAAGGCCUCUGCAUCGCCCACUCAGACAAGAUCUACAGCAAUGCUGGGGAAAAGAGCUUUGACCGACUCCUGCGCAAGCUUCGGGAGAGGCUUCCCAAGGCCAGAGUGGUUGUCUGCUUCUGCGAAGGCAUGACUGUCCGAGGCCUCCUGAGUGCCAUGCGGCGCCUGGGUGUUGUGGGAGAGUUCUCCCUCAUUGGAAGUGAUGGAUGGGCAGACAGAGAUGAAGUCAUUGAAGGUUAUGAGGUGGAAGCCAACGGGGGAAUCACAAUAAAGCUGCAAUCUCCAGAGGUCAGGUCAUUUGAUGAUUAUUUCCUGAAGCUGAGGCUGGACACUAAUACGAGGAAUCCCUGGUUCCCUGAGUUCUGGCAACAUCGGUUCCAGUGCCGCCUACCAGGACACAUUCUGGAAAAUCCCAACUUUAAAAGAAUCUGCACAGGCAAUGAAAGCUUAGAAGAAAACUACGUCCAGGACAGUAAGAUGGGGUUUGUCAUCAACGCCAUCUACGCCAUGGCUCACGGGUUACAGAACAUGCACCAUGCCCUCUGCCCGGGCCACGUGGGCCUCUGUGAUGCCAUGAAGCCCAUCGACGGUAGCAAACUCCUGGACUUCCUCAUCAAGUCCACAUUCAUUGGUGUGUCUGGAGAAGAAGUGUGGUUUGAUGAGAAAGGGGAUGCUCCUGGAAGGUAUGAUAUCAUGAACCUGCAGUACACCGAAGCUAAUCGCUAUGACUAUGUACAUGUCGGAACCUGGCACGAAGGCGUGUUGAACAUCGAUGAUUACAAAAUCCAAAUGAACAAGAGUGGAAUGGUGCGGUCUGUGUGCAGUGAACCUUGCUUAAAGGGUCAAAUUAAGGUCAUACGGAAAGGAGAAGUGAGUUGCUGCUGGAUUUGCACAGCCUGCAAAGAGAAUGAAUACGUGCAAGAUGAAUUCACCUGCAAAGCCUGUGACUUAGGGUGGUGGCCCAGUGCAGAUUUAACAGGCUGUGAACCUAUUCCUGUGCGCUAUCUUGAGUGGAGCAACAUAGAAUCCAUCAUAGCCAUCGCCUUUUCCUGCCUGGGCAUACUUGUCACCUUAUUUGUUACUCUUAUCUUUGUGCUGUACCGGGACACACCAGUUGUCAAAUCCUCCAGUCGCGAGCUCUGCUACAUUAUCCUAGCUGGCAUCUUCCUCGGUUACGUGUGCCCUUUUACUCUCAUUGCCAAACCCACCACCACAUCCUGCUACCUCCAGCGCCUUCUGGUUGGCCUCUCCUCUGCCAUGUGCUACUCUGCUUUAGUGACCAAAACCAACCGAAUUGCACGCAUCCUAGCUGGCAGCAAGAAGAAGAUCUGCACCCGGAAGCCCAGGUUCAUGAGUGCCUGGGCCCAGGUGAUCAUCGCCUCAAUUCUGAUUAGCGUGCAGCUAACUCUGGUGGUAACCCUGAUCAUCAUGGAGCCCCCCAUGCCCAUUCUGUCCUACCCAAGUAUCAAGGAAGUCUACCUUAUCUGCAAUACCAGCAACCUGGGUGUGGUGGCCCCUCUGGGCUACAACGGACUCCUCAUCAUGAGCUGUACCUAUUAUGCCUUCAAGACCCGCAAUGUGCCCGCCAACUUCAAUGAGGCCAAAUAUAUUGCCUUCACCAUGUACACCACCUGCAUCAUCUGGCUGGCUUUUGUGCCCAUUUACUUUGGGAGCAACUACAAGAUCAUCACCACCUGCUUUGCAGUGAGCCUCAGUGUAACGGUGGCCCUGGGGUGCAUGUUCACUCCCAAGAUGUACAUCAUUAUUGCCAAGCCCGAGAGGAAUGUCCGCAGUGCCUUCACCACCUCUGACGUAGUCCGCAUGCAUGUUGGUGAUGGCAAGCUGCCCUGCCGCUCCAACACGUUCCUCAACAUUUUCCGAAGAAAGAAACCAGGUGCAGGGAAUGCCAAUUCUAAUGGCAAGUCUGUGUCAUGGUCUGAACCAGGUGGAAGACAGGUGCCCAAGGGACAGCACAUGUGGCACCGCCUCUCUGUGCACGUGAAGACCAAUGAGACGGCCUGCAACCAAACAGCCGUCAUCAAGCCCCUCACUAAAAGUUACCAGGGCUCUGGCAAGAGCCUGACCUUUUCCGAUACCAGCACCAAGACCCUUUACAACGUGGAGGAGGAGGAUGCCCAGCCGGUCGGCUUCAGCCCUCCCAACAGUCCUUCCAUGGUGGUGCACCGACGUGUGCCAACCGCGGUGAGCACCCCACCUCUGCCGCCCCACCUGACCACAGAGGAGACCCCCCUCUUCCUGGCCGACCCGGCCAUCCCCAAGGGCUUGCCCCCUCCCCUCCAGCAGCCACCGCCACCGCAGAAAUCCCUGAUGGACCAGCUACAGGGAGUGGUCAACAAUUUCAGCACCGGGAUCCCCGAUUUCAACGCGGUGCUCGCAGUCCCCGGGGGUCCGGGGAACGGGGUGCGCUCGCUGUACCCGCCCCCGGCGCCUCCGCAGCACCUGCAAAUGCUCCCGCUGCAGCUGAGCACCUUCGGGGAGGAGCCCGCCUCCCCGCUGGCAGAAGACGAGGAUGAGGACGACAGCGAGAGGUUUAAGCUCCUCCAGGAGUACUUGUACGAGCGGGAAGGGAACACCGAGGAAGACGAGCUGGAGGAGGAAGACGAGGACCUGCAGGCGGCCAGCAAACCCCUCCCCGAGGAUUCACCUGCUCUGACGCCUCCGUCGCCUUUCCGCGACUCGGUGGCCUCCGGCAGCUCGGUGCCCAGCUCCCCCGUGUCCGAGUCGGUGCUCUGCACCCCUCCCAACGUGACCUACGCCUCCGUCAUUCUGAGGGACUACAAGCAAAGCUCCUCCACCCUGUAGGGAGGAGGUGUCCGCGGGGACAGCAAGAAAAACCAGGGAGCACCAGCACCUCCGGAGAUGAGCCGACGGCUGGGAGGAGGAGAUGGGGGGAGGAGGGUGAAGUCAGCAGGCAAGGAGGAUAAUGCUGCUGCCGUAGGGAAGGCCAGAGGGAACUGUGCUCUGCAAGCGAAAAGGGAUCCAGGCGAGGAUCCCGAUUCUUGAAUUAUUCAAAAGCCUUCUCUGGGAAGAAAGGGAAUUCUGACAAAGCACAAUCCCAUAUGAUAAACAACUUUCACCACAUAAAUGAAUGAAUAAAUAAAUAAUAAGUCAAUAAAUAAAUCAAUCAACACGAAUAAUCUCCUCUUUUGGACAUUGUGCAUAGAUAGACAUGCCCACACACACUUGGCCAGCUUGAAAAGAGACAGCACAUGUGGACCAGCCAGGUGAAUCGUUAGUGGACAUCAUGGUGUUCGUGGUAUUCUUAGUGAGCAGGCUGGAGCCAGACAGAGCAGGUGGGUGAAGGAGGGGCAGGCGUGGAACCACCCAUGGGACGGCAGCUCAUUUUUCUCCAGCCCUUCUCCUUACUGAGCCCACAGACUCCUGGUCUUCAGGAGCCUCCCUUCACCCAUUGCACCUGACCCAGGGCCAGCCUUGUUGCGCUGGGAAAAAAGUGUAUGGAUACCCUACUGCUCUGUGAUUUCUCUCUAUUUAGGAAAACAGGAAUCAGAGCAAAAUCAUCACCAAAAAGUGCUUCAUCAGGAGUGCUAAGGGAGGAAGGAUUGAGAAGCAAGAGGACACAUAAGCAUGAGGCUUUGAACACAAUCAGCACAAAUAGCGUCCCAUAUUUGAUACUCGCUUAUUGGUGAUUUCGGAGAAAAGAUUAGAGCAAGCGAUUGUUUUGAGACUGGCAGAAGGUGUUUUGUGGAUUUUCUUGUGUUUGUGCCGAGGGGGCUCUUCUCUGCCCUUUAAUUAAAGAGAACAAACCAUGUGGCAAAAUUGUUACCUUACAUUUACUGUAGCAAAUAAUACUUACCAGUUGAACUUCUAAAAUGCAGUAUGUGUAUUUGGUGCCGUUGUUUCUCCUGUGUACUACAGACAGAAAUCCAUCUUCCAACUUAAGGGUGUACUCAAAGCAACUAUUGCUAGUUCAAUGACAAAUAACGUCCUUCCUAUUGUUAUCCUUCCUAUUGACAAAUAAUUCCUGUAACUUGUGAGUAAAUGUGUUCCUGUGUCUUUGUAUACUUGUGAUAAUAACAUUUGUGCACUGUAAUGUCAAUGUCACUGCAACUAGAAGUCGUCUUUCCAAUAUAGUAUAGAUAUUUCUUUGUUCCAACGAUGUUUUAGAUAUUGUCACCAAUAUCUGCAGAAGCUCUUUGAUGGUUUGAGUGCUGUGGUCCAAUGGUUUCCUUAUGCUGCUCAGAUGGUCCUCCCUCUUCUAAAAGGGAACUUAUUUUUCAGAUAUUUUAUGAUGUGGAUAUGUUAUAAUGAAGUGGCUUGAAAAUGUGUUGUAUUAAAAAUUCACAAAAACUGUGGGUUACAAUAAAAAAGUACAUUUUAUAAAUUUUCAGAUAUCAUUAUUAAAACAUAAGGUUGAAAUGACGGUAUUGAGAUGAUUUCAGGUCACUUUAGAUUUUUUUAAAGAGAUUUUCCACAGCGACUUGAGCUUUCAGUGUUUAGAAAGCAUAUGCUAACCUCUCUGUCUGGCAUAAUUUCCCCAGUUUUCUAUUUACCACUUUUUGCUUUCUUUUAAUUUUUAUUUCCAUGUACUUUUAUUCCUCUAUUUUUGCUGUCAUCCUUUUCUUUAUAUUUUUGUUGUGUACUGUAAUAACCACGUAUGUGUCAUCCAGUCAUUUCAUUUAUAUCCUCCUUUUUACACCCAAUAAAAGUGACUCUUGUUGCCAUUUUGAUUUCUUCUAUUAUUUGUGGAAUGGAUCUUACCCCUUUAAAUAUCUGUUUAUGCCUUAUGUGCAGUCAUAUUUUAAUAUGCUUCCUUCAUUUGGAAGCUGAUUUCUCAGCCAAAAAUCAUCUUAGAAUCUUUAAAUACCCGCCUCAUCGUUUGUUCAGAAUUUAACAUCAGCUCCGAUGUUUGAGGCUCAUGUUUCUCAUGCCUUCCCAUACUCCACUGCCAAGUUUAGUCGGUUCCAUAACAAGAAGGGACCGCCUUUCUUUUAAAAAAAUUAUUUUGUGACACCUUUGGUGUUAAUGACUGAACAAGGAUUUCAAUUCCAUGUUGAAAAAUGACUGAAACGAGGAUUUCAAUUCCAUGUUUUCACUGUAAUGAAGGAGAAUGAGGGAAUUAGAUGGUUCCCAUGCUUAAUAGAUGGUCUACUUCCUGGCAAACUAGCAAGUAAAAGCCUACUAUCUAUUAUUCGUGAAACAUGUUUUAUAUCUUAAUGCCACUAACAUAUGUCCUUGAUAUCACAGGACUUGUGCAUUCAGAUUUUUUUAAAAGUAAGUAUAAAUCAGGAAAACUGCUCUACUAUUCAAAUAAUGUAAGAUAUCGGUUUGUUCUGAGGUUUUAGUCUGAAACAUUUGGUGAACACAUUCAACACCAAUCACAUUAUUUCUCUGAAUGCCUAAUAUUAUCAUGAUUAAAUGUUUUCCUGAACACAAUGCAGUAUUAGCUCUUACAGCAUAAUUGUUCAAAAUUGGAAAUAUACACAGACAUACCUUAUACCAAAAAUGCAGAUACUUUUCAUCUUGAUGUACGUGCUUAUUCACAUUGUUUAGCUUCUUGUAAAAGUGUUUUCCUUUGGCUCGUUACUGCCUUUGUCAAAUAACCUUGAUAAUGCUGUAUAAUAAAUAUUUUCUAUUUAUUAAA